AUGGGUUCAUUUAAAUAUACAGUAUUGAUAUUAAUUUUACUUUCAACAUACGGAUGGGGAUACAAAUUAAGAAGUAUAACAGCAUAUUAGAAUUGUGAUAUGAAAUGGGGUAAAGAAUAAAUAAACAAUAAUUCUUCAAAGACCAUUUGCUCAAAUGGUAGUUUAUUAAGUUGUCUUGCCAUGAUUUUACAAACAAGCAGUAAGCCAAUUAAUAGUAGACCUGUAAACCCAGCAAUUUUGAAUACAUACUUGAUGAAUAAUAAUGGGUAUAAAUAAGGAGAUGAAAUUAACUUUUCAGCUUUGAGCAAUAUAGGUGUAGUUUUUGUGAAAACAGUCUCCGACUUAAAGUAGGCCUAAGAUUAUUUCAAUUCCAACCACUACGUUGUAUUGAAUUUAAAUUAUGGAAAAAAUUAUGGUAUGUUAAUUGGAUUUGAUGAUUCUGACAAAUCAAAUGUUGCCUAUUACAUCAACAAUCCAAUUGUUCCAUCCUAAACCAAAGUUGAAGCCAAAGACAUUAGUGUGGCCAUAAUUUUUAAAGCCCUUUGA